AUGUCUGACGAUAGUCAAAGUAGCGAUAAUAGUAGUAUCGAAUCUAGCGAUAGUAAUUAUCAAGUAACAGAAUUAUUUGAAAUUGAAAUAGUAGAAAUGACGAUUCCCAAAUUAACUUAUGAAUCAGGGAUUAAAUUUAUACCAAGGUACGGGGGAGAGGAAGGCGAAUUAGGCAGUUUUAUUAAAUCAUGUGAAUAUGUGAUAAAUAAUGUAGUAGAUAGUCUUCAACCAUUAAUUCUAGAAGGGAUAUUGGCAAAAUUAUCAGGUAGGGCCGAUCAGGUAACUAGGUUUAAAUCUAUUGGUACAUUUGAUGAAUUAAAAACAAUUUUAACGGAGAAUUUUGGAAUAUAUCAAACAGUGAGUCAGUUGCAAUUAGAAUUAGCAGCAUGUGUACAAACUAAGAAUGAGGGAAUAAAAGCAUAUUAUGAAAAGGUCGAAGGUAUUUGUUUUAAAUUAAUAGAGGCAAUGGUAUUAGAGAAUCCAAAAAAAGCGGAAGAGACAGUGAUAAACAAAAUAGUGAAAAGGCAAGCAUUAAAUGUAUUUGUAGCAGGACUGAGAGAACCGUAUAAUAUAUUAGUAAAGGCUCAGAGUAGAGAUACACUAAUAGAAGCAUAUCAGGUAGCAUUGGAAGAGAAAAAAGCGUUAUUAGCUCAGGAACAUAAUAGGAAACUUUUUGUGAAUAGCGACAGAGGAGUAAAACCAGGUGUUAAGUGUUUUAAGUGUAAUAAAAUAGGACAUAAGAGCUUCCAGUGUUAUAGUAAGAGUACAGGGGCAAGGAAAAAAUCAAAGUUACGAAAAAACGAAUAG